AUGCUCGUAUGUGAGCAUUUAUAUGUAAAUAGAAAAUUAAAUGGUAAUAAAAUUAAAAAAGAAAUAGGUAGAUUUGAGAGUUUAUGUACUAGCCAAAUUUCUAUAUUUUGCAAUCUUCGAAGGAAUGUGUUUUCAAAUUUUAAUAGAAAUGAUUUAAUUGAUCAAAAUAUUGUUUAUUUAAAUGUAUGUAAUAAUGAGACAUAUUAUAAUAAAGCUCAUGAAGAAAAUGAUAAAGUGAAGGUUUAUGAAAAAGAAAUACAAAAUUUUUAUAAAUAUGAUAAAUUACGAUAUGUAGAUGAACAUAAUAAUAUAUGUUGUAAUUUAAUUAAGGAUAUUUUUUUAUAUGGUGUUAAUUUAAAUGUAGAUAUUUUUAUAUUAAAAAAUUCAAAUAUUAUAUUUUUUCUUCAAAAUGUAAUAAAUAUAUAUAACCCAUUGAUUAAAAGUUUAAGGGUUAUAUAUACGAAGAAGGACUACAUGAUAACAUGUUCUUCUCUUUUUAAGGACACAUUGAUAAUAGUUUUAUAUAGCUCAAUAAAUUAUUCAUGCAUACAAAUAUAUGAUCUAGAUAAGGGAAUUCUUAAAGAAGAGAUUUCUUUGAGGGAUUAUGAUUACUAUGAAAAGAUUUAUAUUCAAAAGGAAAAUAAUUAUUUCCUUUUAAUAACGAAUAAGAAUAUAUUAAAAGUACUUGAUUCAGAGAAAAAGGUUUUUAUUUUUAAUGUAUACUUAUAUCUUGAAUAUAACAACAUUUUACAGUAUUAUGAUUUUUUUCUAAUACUAAGGAAAAAGAAACUGUACCUCUGGAAUUUGGAAAGAACAUACACAGGAUUAAAAUUAAAGGAAAAUAUAUUGGAGGUUGAUAAAAAUAUGCAUGUGAAUUGUUUUUGCACACAUGGAAAAAAUAUAUUCAUUGUAACGUCCAAGGGGAAUUUAUACCUAUGGAAGGAUUUAGUUCAGAAAAUUGAAAUAAAGAGAUACAAUGUGGAAGAGCCUUUUGAUAAGAAUAUUCAUUAUAUACACUAUUAUGAUAAUUAUAUAACUACCAAGGGAAAUGAAUCAAUAAAAUUGUGGUUGUGUAAAUUUUCACUGAAUAGCAUAUCGGAAUGUAGUUGCGUAUACAUUGAGUUUGAACAGGAAACAAAAAUUUGCUUAAAUAUUAAUAAAAUAAUUGUUCAUGAUAAUUUUUACUUGAUUUUAGAUAAAAAGAAUUGUACUAUUUAUACAUGCAAGAAAAAUAAUUAUGAAGAUAUAGGUAUAUUUUAUAAUGAUCAUAACAGUAAGAUUAAAAAUAUAUUUUGCUUGGAUAAGAAUAUAUUUAGUUUCGGUGCUAAUGGGAAAUUAUUUGAUUAUAUAAAGAAAGAUAAACAAAUUGAACGAACUUUUUGCUUACAUAAAUUUAAGUAUUCUAUAACAUGUGUAAAAUAUUUAUACAGUGAAGAUAGUUUUCUUUAUUUUUGUGUUGGAUUUAAUAAUGGAGUCAUAAAAAUAAUAAAGAUGAAGCAUUUAUAUUUAGAUAUUAUAUAUUGUUUAAAAACAAGUAAUAAUGAAAUAAUUAAAAUAGAAAAGAGCCAAAAUUCUCAAUUUAUAAGUAUAUUAGCUGAUGAAGAACCAUAUGUUUUUUUCCUAUAUAAAUCAUCUAACAUAUUUAUGCCAUUAGGUUAUUUAAAAAUCAAUGAAGCUCAUUUAAAAGAAUGUUUCUAUUUCUCUUAUUUUAAUUCUUUUUAUAUACUGGGUGAUAAUAACUAUUUUUUUAAAAUUGAUGUCAAAAAAUUAGAAGAGCAAAUUAAACAAGAAGAAAUGAGUAAACAAGUUGGACAUUCAGAAGGAAAUGGAAAUGGAAAUGGAAAUGAAUAUAUUAAUAUGAUGGAAAAAAAAAAAGAUAAUAAAAACAUUUAUUUAAACGAUUAUAUAAAUGAUGAAAAUGGUGAUGUAAAAAAGGAUGCACUUAAUAAUAACGAGCAACAAAAUAAUAGCGAUUAUGAUUUAUCCGUAAAAUAUGAAAUAAUUAAAAUUACAUUUAAUGCAGAUGAGAGAAAUAAAAGAUUAAUAAAAAGGUACAAAAAUGAACAUAAUGAAUUGAACAUGUACAAUAAAGAUACAAAUAAAAUUAAUAACAAAAAUGACGAUGGAAAUAAAUAUGGAGAUAAUGAAGCAACAAACAUAGAACAGGAAGGCAUGGAAGAAUUUUUUGAAGAAAUGGAAGGUUUAGAAAAUGAAAGUGAUAAUGAAUACAAAGAAAGUAACUCUUCUAGUAAUUUAUCAGAUAAUACAUAUAAUAAAAUGAAUUUUUAUAGAGAAAAAAUAAAUUUGACUCAAAACAUGCAAGAUUUACAUUCCGAUAAUAAUAAGGAUAUAUUUAUACUAAAAAAUAAAAAAAAAAAUUUGAAAAGAUACAUUGAAAUACUUUUCCAUAAUAAAACGAUCAAAAAUAAAAGAUAUGAAAAUAAUGAUGAAUUACCAAAAAAUAUGUUAAGUUUAUAUUUAGAACGUGAUAAUAGGAAAAUAAUAUAUAAAGAAGAACGUAAUACAAAAAAUAACAACAUCAAUAUUGAUCAUCAUAAUAAUAAUAAUAAUGGAGAUAAUAUGAAUUAUGCAAGAUUAAAACAUGAUACGAUAAAUAUAUGUUGUGUAACAAAAUCAAAAAAGAAUCGCGGAUUUUUCAUUGCUACACAAGGUGUUAAAAAUAAUUAUCUCUUUUUUUUAAAUUUAGAUAAAAAAGACAUAAUAAAAUAUAAAUAUACCGAUUCUAAAGAGGAUACGCAUAUUGAUAUUAUCAUGCCCAGAAUCAUAUACAAAAUUGAUAAUAAAAAUUUUCUACCUAAAAGGACAUAUAUCUAUAAAAUGAUAAUUAAUGAAAUAAAGGAUUUAUUAUUUUGUUUAACUAAUAAUAAUGAAAUAUAUAUUUUUUCAAUUAAAUUUUUUUUCUUGUAUUAUUAUAUAAAAAUACCUGUUUAUGAAAAGGUAAGGAAUAUAUUUAUAAAUAACAAAAAUGCAACUACUACUAGUAACAAUAAUAAUAAUAUGAAAAAAAAUAAUAAUAUGAAUAAUAAUUUUCAAUAUAUAUUCAUAUGUUUAAAUAAUAAUAAAUACAUACAAUUGAAUUUUAAUUAUCCUUUCUUUUAUCUAUUGAAUGUUAUCAAAAGAUAUCAUAUCAAUAUCAAAAAAUUCAUGCAUUCUUUUAUGAUUCCUAAUAAAAUGUUCUUGUCGUACGAUUCAAUACACCAAUAUUUUAUUGAAGAAAUACAUGAUUAUAUUGUAGAAGAGUUUAUAAAGAAAAGAAAAAAGAAAACUAAUCUUAUGCCCUUUAAAUAUGAAGAUAUCACAGAUGACUUAAAUUUCAUAAUAGAAUUGUUAGAAAUACAUAAUGAAGAAGAAAAAAAAAACAACCAAGAAAAAGAUGAUAAACACGCACAAGGGCAAAAUGAAAAGAACAAAAAUGAUAUUACAGAUAUUUGGGAUUUUAUACAACAAAAUAAAAAAGAACAAGAAGAAGAAAUAGAAGAACAAAAGAAAAAAAUUGAUUUAAUCCUAAAUUAUGAUCAAAAAAAUAUAAGCACAUUUUUUAAUAUAAAUAGUAAUAAUAUGAAAGAUGUAGAUAUUCAAUAUAGUUUAAGAGAUACAAAGGAAUAUCAAAGGAAUGAAGAAAAAUUUAGAAAAGCAUUAUUAUAUAAACAACAUAUUCAUAUGAAAAUAAAUAAACUGAAAAAAAAAUAUAUAAAAUUAAAUAAGAGAAAUAAGUUUCUAAUAGAUUUGGAUUACUCUCAUUAUAUAUAUGAAAUGUUACAACAAAAUAUACAAGAAAUUAAAAAUGUAUUUAUGUAUCAUGAGCAAGAAUAUGAUAAUAGAAUAAAAUAUUUAUCCAAUAAAUUUAUUAGAUUAAGAUAUAUUAAAAAUCCUAUAUAUGCUUUUAAUGAUAAAAAUCAUUUUUAUGCUAAAUCCUUAAAAAUGUAUUUGAAAAACUAUACAUUUAAAAAGAAGAAUAGAAAAAUCACGACAAAGGAAAAAAAGAUAAAAGAACCAAAGCAAACAUUAGAAUUAACAACAGAAAUUAAGGACUGUUUACAAAAUUUUAAUGAACUAAGAGAAAGAAAUAAAAAUGUAAAAAUUAUAAAUAAUGAAGAAAAAAUUGAAGAAAUUUGCAUUAAAAAAAAAAUUAUAAAAAUGUAUGAAGAAAUGUUGUUAAAACUGGAAAAAAUGAGUGAAGAGCGAAAGGAGAUGGACGAGCCAAGGAAAAUCAAGCACAUCAGCAAAAUUAUUAGGCAUUAUGAAGAAAAUAAGAAGAAACUAUUAGUUCAAAUAAAUUAUAUUAAGGAAACAUUUAACCAGUAUUAUAUGGCAUUAAAAUCUCGAAUAUCAAUAAAAUUAACCCAUGUUAUAGAAGAAAUAGAAUUUCUAAAAGACACAUUGAAAACAGAAAUGAUAAAACAUACUGAAAAUAAAGAUAAUAAUGACCAAGGAAUUGAUACAGAUAUUAAGAUGGUUGGUGAGGUACAUAUAAAAAAUAUAGUAAAUGUAAAUAAUUGUAAUGAAAACGAAAGGAUACAAUAUGAAUUAAACAAUAUAAAUUGUGAACAUGAUAAAAUAAAAAAGUAUGAAAGCUUUUUAGAACAUGUUAACAAUUUUUUCUCAUAUGCAAAUAAAAAAAAUGAUAAAAUAUAUAAUAUCAAUUGGGAUCCUUUAUUUUUUGAGAAAAAAUACCAACAUUAUAAAAAAGAAGAUGUAGAACGUACAAUAGAAUAUUUUAUAAAAAAAUGUGAUAAGGAGAUUUAUAACCUGCACAUUAAAAGAAUACAAGCUAUACGACUUAUCAAAUAUAUAUCACUAAAAGUUAUUUCCAUAGAUGAAAAAAAUAAUAUAUUAAUAGAGCUAAGGAAAAAAGAGUUAAAAUUAAGAAGACAAAAAAGGGACUAUAUCAAAGAAAUGAAGAAUAUUGAAAAUCAAAUAAACGUCUAUGUUGAUGAAAUGGACACUUUAUUACAAGAAAUGGAAAUACAAAAUCAAAGCCGAGAUAAGAUUCUCGAAAAGCUAAAAGAACUUAUGGGAGAUAACACCUUGUGCUAUGACAAUUUAAUAAAAUGCUUAAAAAAAACUCAAGAUGAUUUGUCAGGAGAAAGUGAUGGGAGUGAAGAUAAGUGUAACGAAUUAGAAGCAACAAAUUCGAUUGUUGAUAUAUAUAAUAAAGAAGAAAUUGAAAGCAUAAAAAAAGAAAAUGCUUCCAUUUUAAGCAAUAUAAAUAAUAUAAAAAAAAAUAUGGAACUUAAAAAAAAUGAACAACGAAAAUUAAAUAUAAAGAAGAAAAAUAUUGAAAAAGAAAUUGAAAUAAUAAAUGACGAAAUCAAUAUUAUAGAAGAUGAUAAAAAAAAAAAUAUAUCAGAAGUAAAAUUCUAUAUUACUUUAAAAAUAUCAAAAUUAAGAAAUAUUGAUUAUCUUUAUGACAAAAAAAAAUAUCGUCUCAAUUUAGCAAGCCAAUGUACAGUACUUAGUAUUGAACAAUAUAAAGAUAUUAUGACAAAAAUGGAUACGAUUACCAGAAAAAAAGAAAAAUUAUAUAUGAAAUAUAAAUAUUUAAAAAAAGAAAAUACUGAAUUAGAAAAUAUUAAUAAUAAACUACAAAAAACUGUUAAUGAAAAAAAAAAUCAAUUGAAAAAUAAACUAAAAAAACAUGAUUUAAAUUUUGAUUUUAAUGACUUGGAAAAAAAAUAUCAGGAAAAAAAAAAAAAAGGCAUUUUACAAGAAAUCAAAAAUAAAGAAAUAGAAAAUAACAAAAAGAUUAAUAUUCUCAACAAAGAAUUUGAUCAAAAAAUGAAUAUAUUAAAUCAAACCAGAAAAGAAAAUACUGAUUUAUUGGUAAAAAUUAAUGAAUAUAUACAAAUACUUAAAGAGCUAAAAAAUGAAGAAAAUUAA